AUCUCUACAAACUAUAUUCUAUGUAAUGUUUGCAAUCUAUUUUCAGCAUUUUUAUAUGAUAAGAGCAUUUUGCUGUCACAUAUUGUGCUGUUCUAUAUUCUCAGAAGUUUUCCCGUACAGUUUAUUGAAAAGUAGCCAUUUUGCUUGACAUUAUUUAAAGUCACAAAGCAGGUGUUUCCGGUUCAUGUCAGAAUUCUGGUUUGAAUGCUUUUAGUUUAACGCCUUAUCUGUGGUCGAUACUUGUAUGUAUUAUUUGUUCAACGGGAGAUCAUAUUCGUUAUUAGACGAGUUUUUGUUCAUUCUGCGCAUACUAUUCCUGAUUGGUUCGAAUACAUUUUGUAAUUAACAACAACGCGCAUGUGUCUUCACAACGGCUGUGAUAUUUAGCAUGUAUACCCAGUGAUUCUGUAUAUUGAGACGUACAUUCUUAUGUUCUUAGGCCUGCAUAUCCCAGACCUUUAUAUCUCUAGAUCCCAAUAGCCUUAGGUCUUCAUGUCUUAUGUAACUCUUUUCAUCCCUACAUUGUUAUAUUUCUAAAAUAAGGUUUGCAGUCAAAUGCGACACAUUUCUGUUCACCAUGUAUAUGUCCGAUUAAGUGGAAAGUGUGUGAUAGUGGGAUAGCGAUGAGUAAUGUGAAACACUGAAGUUAGCCGUAUUGCGCGGAUUGAGUAUGACCUCCUGUUGAACGAAUAAUAGUGUGUAUGCUAUACAUGCGUCUAUCAAUUUACCGCGAACUGCUGUAAUACUGCACGAUUCGAGGGUGAUUUACACUACUGUUUUGUAACGUAGUUAAAUGUUAAUUUAUGACGACCGCGCACGUAGGAAUACUUUAUGAGAACAUUUACAAUUUUACAAACACGACAUCAAAUAUAAUGCCGUUGGCGACUCUAACAGUUCCUUGGUCUGAGCAACAUGUAACCGAGCAGCAAUCUGUAGAUAUUCUUCCAGCAGAAUCUCAAGAAGAAACAAUGACUCAAGGAAAUGUGAUUGAAUCACAUUCAAAUGAAUGUUCUGAGUCCCAUGAAAUUGAACUUCGUGAAGUAGUUCGAGAUGGUCAUGAAAAAGCUGGUCCAUCUCAGUUUGAACUGCUUAAAGUUCUUGGUCAAGGAUCCUUUGGGAAGGUAUUCUUGGUGAGGAAAGUUGUUGGUAAAGAUAGUGGAACACUUUAUGCCAUGAAAGUUCUAAAAAAAGCUACUUUAAAAGUUCGGGACAGAGUUAGGACAAAAAUGGAGAGAAAUAUAUUGGUGGAUGUUGAGCAUCCAUUCAUAGUUCGACUACAUUACGCAUUCCAAACAGAAGGCAAACUUUAUUUAAUUUUAGACUUCUUAAGAGGUGGUGAUCUAUUUUCAAGAUUAGCUAAGGAGGUAAUGUUUACAGAGGAUGAUGUAAAAUUUUAUUUAGCAGAGCUUGCUCUUGCAUUAGGUCAUAUUCAUAAACUUGGAAUCAUUUAUAGAGAUCUCAAACCUGAAAAUAUUUUGCUCGAUACCGAAGGCCAUAUAUCUUUAACUGAUUUCGGCCUAAGUAAACAACCUUUAGAUGAUUGUAAGGCAUAUUCGUUUUGUGGUACUAUAGAAUAUAUGGCACCAGAAAUUGUAAAUCGAAAAGGUCAUUCGUUCGCUGCCGAUUGGUGGAGUUUCGGCGUUCUUAUGUUUGAAAUGUUGACUGGAGCUCUUCCGUUUCAAGCUGCGAAUCGUAAAGAAACUAUGACGCAAAUAUUAAAAGCCAAACUGGGUAUGCCACUUAACAUUUCGCCAGAAGCGCAAGCGCUUUUAAGAGUACUAUUUAAGAGAAAUCCUGCAAACAGACUAGGAUUUGGUGGAGUUGAAGAAAUAAAAAGUCAUAUAUUUUUUGCGACAAUUGACUGGGAUGCUCUUUAUAGAAAAGAAAUAACGCCCCCUUUCAAACCGGCCGUUAGUCAAGAAGAUGACGCAUUUCAUUUCGAUAGUGAAUUUACGUGUAAAACGCCUAAAGAUUCUCCUGGGGUACCACCAAGUGCUAAUGCCCACGAAUUAUUUCGUGGCUUUAGUUUUAUCGCACCGUGCCUUCUUGAGGAUCAUCUCAAACCUCCUGAAUACAAAAACUGUGAUAGUCUUAGUGCAACGUUUCCUACAUACGUGAACCCCAUUUCUGUGACCGAUGAAUAUGAAUUUAAACAAGAAAUUGGCAAAGGAAGCUACAGUACAGUUUAUUUAGUUAUUCAUAAAACUUCCAAAAUAGAAUAUGCUUGUAAGGUAAUUGAAAAAUCAAAAAGAGAUCCAACAGAAGAGAUAGAAAUUUUACUUCGAUAUGGAAGGCAUCCUCAUAUCGUAACGUUGAGAGCUGUUCACGAAGAUGAUAAACGGGCUUACCUUGUAUUAGAAUUAUUGCGAGGUGGAGAACUAUUGGAUCGUUUAUUACAAAGGCGAAGUCUUACAGAAAGAGAAGCUGCUGAAGUGAUGUAUACAAUCGCUAACGUAGUUCAUUAUCUUCAUGAAAAUGGAGUCGUUCAUAGAGAUUUAAAACCAUCUAAUAUAUUAUAUUCAAAACCUGGAGCUGAUCCAUCGACACUUUGUUUGUGUGAUCUUGGGUUCGCGAAACAGUUGCGAGCAGAGAAUGGUUUAUUAAUGACACCUUGUUAUACGGCAAAUUUUGUAGCACCAGAAGUAUUGAAACGUCAAGGAUAUGAUGCAGCGUGUGAUAUUUGGUCACUCGGUGUUUUAUUGUACAUCAUGUUAGCUGGAUAUACACCGUUUCGUAAUAGCCCAGGGGAUAGUGCGACAGAUAUACUAGAUCGUAUUGGACCCGGGUAUAUUGACGUUGAAAGCGGUAUAUGGUGUCAAAUAUCUACCGAAGCCAAAGAGCUUGUCAAAAGAAUGUUACACGUUGAUCCUAAUAGGAGGCCUACUGCAGCUGCCAUUUUAAAAUAUUCGUGGAUUUCCAAUCGCCAUCGUCUUCCGCAGAAAGUAUUACCUGAGAGCAUUAGGGAUCCACAUAAUUUAAAAUGGGCUGUAGCGGCAACCUAUAGAGCUAUGUCUAGUAUUCCAAGAUCUCCACAUAUCGGUCCAGUCGUUAUGUCCGAAUUAGCACGGAGGAGAACGCAAGCGAAACCUUCUGGUCCUACCGAAGUUUAAAAUCUUCCACUUUGUA